AUGGACGCCCGGCCGACGACGCCGAGAGGCCCCGAGUGGCGCUACUUUGGCGAGCCCAUGGUACCUAUAUCGCCAGCCUUCCAGUCGCUGGCGAAGCGGCCGAAGACGAUCCCUCUCGUCCCCUGCGCCUUUUGCGGGCUGCACGUGCCAGCGCGGUCCAACUCGCUGCGCCGCCACUUGCGGGAAUGCGGCGCUUGCAGCGACGACGCGCGCCUCUGUUGUAUCAAGCAGCCGCCAUCGUCCGUUGUCAUCUCGGCCCCGCCCAUGCCCGACGCGCCCCACGAACGAUCGCUCAAGGCCACGCAGCGCCGCCUCAAGAACCGACUCGCGUGUCGCGAGAACCGAAAGAAGAAGAAGGAGCUGCGAGAAAACCUCAAGGGCGAGGUCGCCGCGCUCUGCGCCAACAACGCAACGCUCCAUGGCGAGAUCAACGCGCUCUUGGGCUUUGAGGAGCCCAUUCUGCUGCCAGCGCUCGAUUUAUCGCCCGCAAGUCCCAACACUGGCUCGUCGACGGCCGCUAGCGAGCUCUACUGGAAAGCAGCCCUCUUUUUGCCCGUUACAAGCCUGGAGGCGCCCUUGAGCGCCCAGCUGACCAUACCAGGCCCACUCGAGGCGAUCUGGGACAUGAAGUCGCUGCUCAUCAACGACAUUGCAGUCGCCGAGCCCGAGCUGCCGACGGAGCUCCCAACUGGCGACAUGCAACUCGUGCUCCUCGAGCGUGGUCAGAUUCGACAUGUCCGCUUGCUUCACCGCCUCUUCAACGCGGCCACCGUUGCCCGUAUCGAGGCCGCGGGCGGGGCAGCCGACGCGGUCGGUGAGUUUACGUGGCGCAUCGUCUGCUCGUGCGACGCAGUCCGCGCGCGCUCGAUGCAAAUCUCACUGCUGCGGUAUCGUACACUAAGUGUGCACUAA